AUGGCUCUCACAGCCCGAUGUGGGCAACGGGCGGUUUCGCAGCUUUUGCGCCAGCGAUGCCUUUCCUCAAUUGAACGCUCCGCUCCCUCGUCCCUCAAGGCAUUUUGCACACAGACUCCCCCAAAGGGACUGCAUCCCCGGCCACAGCUGCAAGCAUUCGCAUCAUGGCGAUCCACCCGGUCGUUCUCCCGCUCGGCUCGCAACUUGGCGUCCGCACAGGCAGAUCCUCUAAGCGCGACGUCGUACUCUGCAAAGGCGUCGGUGCAGGGACCCGAUCUUGUCAACGUCAAAAAAGUCCUUGUGAUUGGAAGCGGUGGAUUGAGUAUUGGUCAAGCGGGCGAAUUCGAUUACUCAGGAUCACAAGCUUUAAAGGCUUUGAAAGAAGCCGGUGUUAAAUCUGUUUUGAUCAACCCCAACAUCGCUACGAUCCAAACCGACCACAAGCUUGCAGAUGAAGUCUACUACCUCCCUGUUACUCCAGAAUAUGUUACCCACGUCAUUGAGAAGGAAAAGCCAGAUGGCAUAUUCCUCAGCUUCGGCGGCCAAACCGCUCUCAAUCUCGGCGUGCAGAUGAACCGAUUGGGCAUCUUCGAGAAAUAUGGCGUCAAAGUCCUUGGAACCAGCGUGAGAACUCUAGAAACCAGCGAAGACAGAGAUCUAUUUGCCAAAGCCCUGAAUGAAAUCAAUAUCCCUAUUGCGGAAUCGAUUGCCGUCAGCACAGUAGACGAAGCUCUAGAUGCCGCCGAUAAGAUUGGGUAUCCCAUCAUUGUUCGGUCAGCUUAUGCCCUGGGCGGCCUUGGAUCAGGUUUCGCGAACAAUGCUGAGGAGCUGAAAAAUUUAUCAUCUCGGUCUUUGACUUUGGCCCCGCAAAUUCUAGUUGAGAAAUCUCUCAAGGGCUGGAAGGAAGUUGAAUAUGAGGUUGUCCGUGAUGCUUCCAACAACUGUAUCACCGUUUGCAAUAUGGAAAAUUUUGAUCCUCUCGGCAUUCACACUGGUGACAGUAUCGUUGUCGCCCCCAGUCAAACGCUAUCUGACGAGGAGUACCACAUGCUCCGAACUGCAGCUAUCAAAAUUGUUCGACACCUCGGAGUGGUGGGAGAGUGCAAUGUCCAGUACGCUCUUCAGCCUGAUGGCCUUGAUUAUAGAGUCAUUGAGGUGAACGCUCGUCUGUCUCGUUCAUCCGCCUUGGCAUCAAAGGCAACAGGCUAUCCUCUCGCGUACACUGCUGCAAAAAUCGGCCUCGGUCACGCUUUGCCAGACCUUCCUAACGCUGUCACCAAGACCACAACCGCGAAUUUCGAACCCAGCUUGGACUAUAUCGUCACGAAGAUUCCACGAUGGGACCUGAGCAAAUUUCAGCAUGUCAAACGGGAUAUCGGCAGUUCAAUGAAAUCUGUCGGCGAAGUUAUGGCAAUUGGCCGUACGUUCGAAGAAUCUUUCCAGAAGGCCAUCCGCCAGGUUGACCCCAAAUUUGUUGGAUUCCAGGGUGACAAGUUCGAGAACUUGGACGAGGUUCUCAAGAAUCCGACAGAUCGCCGAUGGCUCGCAGUUGGGCAGGCGAUGCUUCACGAGAAUUACUCGGUUGAUAAGGUGCACGAGCUGACGAAGAUUGAUAAAUGGUUCUUGUUCAAGCUCCAGAACAUUGUCGAUAUGCAAAACGCCUUGAAGGACCUUGGAAGUCUCUUUGGAAUCAAAAAGGAGAUGAUGCUCAGGGCCAAGAAAAUGGGUUUUUCUGACAAGCAAAUUGCUCUGUGCGUCGGUUCUACGGAACAGGAGGUGCGGACUCGUCGCAAGAGCUUCGGCAUCCACCCUUGGGUAAAGAAAAUUGAUACUUUGGCAGCCGAAUUCCCUGCCGACACAAACUACCUUUACACCACCUACAAUGCAACAUCCCACGAUGUUACCUUUGACGAUCAUGGUACGAUCAUCCUUGGAAGUGGUGUCUACAGAAUUGGCAGCUCUGUGGAGUUCGAUUGGUGUGCAGUCAAUGCUACGCUCUCACUCAGAAAUAUGGGCAAGAAGACUGUCAUGAUCAACUAUAACCCAGAAACAUAUUCCACCGACUUCGAUACGGCAGAUAAGCUCUAUUUUGAAGAGUUAAGCUACGAACGAGUGAUGGAUAUCUAUGAGCUCGAGAGUGCCAGUGGCGUUGUGGUCUCGGUUGGUGGUCAACUUCCUCAGAAUAUUGCUCUCAAGCUUCAGGAGACCGGUGGCGCCCAUGUUUUGGGUACCGACCCUAAGGACAUCGACAGAGCGGAAGAUCGCCACAAAUUCUCUCAAACCCUGGACAGCAUUGGCGUCGACCAGCCGGCGUGGAAGGAACUCACUUCAGUUGCCGAAGCGGAGGCGUUUGCGGAAUCCGUUGGCUAUCCAGUCCUCGUCCGACCAAGUUACGUGCUCUCCGGCGCUGCUAUGAGCGUUAUCCGGAGCCAAGACGAGCUCCAUGACAAGCUAAUCUCAGCCAGUGACGUUUCUCCCGACCAUCCUGUUGUUAUCACUAAAUUCAUUGAAGGAGCCCAGGAAAUUGAUGUUGAUGCCGUCGCCUCUGGGGGUAAGCUACUCCUCCAUGCUGUCAGCGAACACGUAGAAGCGGCUGGCGUCCACUCUGGCGACGCUACCUUGGUUCUUCCUCCGGUCAACUUGGACGAGUCCAUCAUGUCUCGCGUGAAGGAAAUCGCAGAAAAGGUUGCCAAGGCCUUCAGCAUCACCGGACCCUUCAACAUGCAGAUUAUCAAAGCCGAUAGCCCCGACAGCUCGGAGCCACAGUUGAAGGUUAUCGAAUGCAAUCUCCGUGCCUCGCGAUCAUUCCCGUUUGUUAGCAAGGUGCUCGGCACGAACUUCAUUGACGUCGCAACCAAGGCGCUUGUUGGCAGAGAUGUUCCAGAGCCUGAUGAUAUCAUGGCUGUAAAGCGUGAUUACCUCGCAACUAAGGUUCCCCAGUUCAGCUGGACUCGUCUUGCUGGUGCCGAUCCAUACCUUGGUGUUGAGAUGGCCAGUACCGGUGAGAUUGCCUGCUUCGGUAAGGACCUGGUCGAGGCAUACUGGGCAUCUCUUCAAUCAACGAUGAAUUUCCGCAUGCCGGAACCUGGCGAGGGUCUACUUUUCGGUGGUGAUACCGAUGUACUGACUGAGCUCCCACGCAUCGUUGAUUUCGUCCAGCCUCUCGGGUACAAGCUAUUUGCUGCCAGCCGAAAAGUUAAGGAGUAUCUCGAGAAAUCAGCCAAAUCCAAAGUUGACGUCCAAGUCAUUGAGUUUCCCAAGGAAGAUAAGAGAGCAUUGAGAGAAGUGUUCCAGAAAUACGAUAUUAGGGGCGUUUUCAAUAUUGCGAAAGAGAGAGGAAAGACUCUGCUAGACGAAGACUAUGUUAUGAGACGAAAUGCUGUCGAUUUCGGUGUGCCGCUGUUCAUGGAGCCAAAGACUGCCCUUCUCUUUGCGCAGUGCAUGCACGAGAAGCUCCCUCGCUCGGAAGGCAUCCCAUCUGAAGUCCGCAGCUGGUCGAAUUUUGUCGGCACAAAGACUUUGUAA